AUGUUUCGUCACUGGACCUCUAUUUUCAGCCUGAUCCUGCUGUUUUCCAUUUUCGCCUUUGUGGACGCCGGUCAUCCUCUCUGGGAGUUCUCGACCAAGAUUAAGCGUGCCAUUCCGAUUGAUCUCAACUGGCCGAGCAUCACAACCUGGCCUGGUGGUACUGUUACAUUCUGCUGGGAAGAUGAAGCUACGCGGCAGCAACUAGGCUAUAGAUUGCGCCACGCCAUGAAUUUGUGGUAUAUGGCUGGGCUGCCCGGGAAUUUCAGAUUCCAAGAGGUCGCUCACGAGGACUGUAUGAGAGACCGCCGCAAUUCACUAGUCAUUCAUAAAGCCCCUGGAUCUAUCGAGUACAUAACAACUGUCGGCAAGUAUGUUGGUCCUGUUGAUGCGAUCAAUCCAGGACCUUACGUCUAUUUCAAUGACGAAGAUGAGCCCAGUAGUAAUAAUGCUGCAAGAAAUACUAUUGCGGAAAAGAUUGCCCAUGAAAUCGGACAUAUCUUUGGCUUGUACCAUGAACAUCAAAAUCCCUAUUUUUGGCGAGUCCGUUCUCUAUUUACGCUAGGUUGCGAAAAUAUCGAAGGAUAUGACUGGACAACCGCGCAUUUAACCCAGGAGGAAAUCUGGGGUGAGAAUGGGGUCUGUGUUAACUACAACGCGGCCCUAGAACACGACUGGGCGACCGCUGCCCAUUUCCUUCCCCGCCCAGAGCUUGCCUAUAUCCCUCAUCCUGAUCGUGAGUCAGUAAACGAAGAUGUGGACUGGGAUUCAAUUAUGCUCUACCACAGCAAUGUAGCCUCUAAACGGGGCGCUCCACGGGGUUAUUAUCCCACUCUGAAAAGAUCAAGAAAUGGUAUUGGCUACAAAAUCAGACUCAAGCGCGCUCCUAGUCAAAAAGAUGUUCAAGGGUUAAUUCGUCUCUACGACGCCUCGGAGCAACGACCGCUUCCACGCCUCUAUCACGACCCACGCAGCGAAUAUCACACCGCAUUUCAGAAUCUGCAGAAUUUUCAAGCAUGCGAUUGGCCUCCGCAGGCUGGGCCUGCGGGUGGGUGA